CAAAUAUUUAAGUCAAAUGUGGUCAAUGUGGCGCUCGAAAAUUUACGCGCAUAUAAAGUUUAGCACGUGUUGUGUUUUCAAUAUUCUACAGCGAAAGGAUUUAUUUUAUUAAAUAUUGCAUAAUAUUUCAUUUCGUUAAGUUAAUCAUUCCUCACGUCAUUGUGAAUUAUAUAGAAACCGACAAGAUGUAAUAAUAUCUAAGGGAAAUGUCUAAAGAAGGUUAUAGUGCCGAAAAAAAAGAAACUGAGAAUAAAGUGGUUUUAGAAAGAUUGCAAUCGUAUUUAAAAGAUAAACGGAGCAGUGAAUCCACCGAGUCCUGUGUAGUGUAUAGUAAACCAAGCACUAGCUUUGAACAGAAUCCACUCAGCAUUCCUGCCAUAGAAGAUAGCAGUAACGUCCUUCGCGAAGUUUUAAACCAUAAAAAAGCUGAGCUGCUGCGGCAACCAGAAGUUAUUGCUUUUCUUAAGACUAUAUCAUCUGACUUAAAAAAGUGAUUUAUAUAAUAAGUAUUUAAAAUUGAUCACGAUGGCAGUCGCAGCCCGAAAAUCUGCAGCAUCUUUGAUGCGAAAAACAUUAGACCGCCAAGCUGCUUUGACACUUACGAAACUUAGUUUUAAGAAGAACCAAAUCCGAAAUGUGAUUAUAGAUUAUAUACAAAACGGGAAAACUGGGCCCUUCAAUGAGGUUUUACAAAUUCUAAAGGAUGGUCAGAAUAUGACUGAUAAUAACUUUAGGGUGUUAUUUGAAGACUGCCUCUCGUGUAUAGUGUAUUUGGAGCGAGAUUUAAAACUUUUCAUAGAUAUUCUAUGUAAUAUAGAAUGGGCAAAUCGAGAUCCUGAACUUGUUGAAGUAUUUACCAGAUUUAUACUAAGCUUAGUUACUGCCCACACCUAUCAUUGUCCUCAAGUGAUGGCAUCAUUAGUUAAAUUGUUCAAAGCUGAAUGUGGUAAUUGGGAAGAUAGUCCACCACAAGAACUGAUAUUGAGAUGGUCGAACAUACACACAUUGAUUGCACAAAUUGUGGCUGUCAUGCCUAUGACCAGCACUGUUCUAAUGCAAAUAAUAAUAGAAAAUUUCCCAUACUAUAAAUUUGGGUGUGUUGUCAACAGAGUAUACAUACAUAACUUAAUCUGGAUUAGCAAAUACAUACCGUCAUUAACAGAACAGAUUAUGACUACUAUUGUUCAAAGAUUAAUAGAAAUGGACGUCAUCGUGGCUGGCCGAGCCAUGAAGCCGCAAGAGACUAUAUUUGAUAUGGAAAUUGACGACAAAGAUGAGACCAGUGUGACCUUGGAUUACGGUAUGUUGGAGGUUCUGCGGUGGCUCGAAGAUGAAAGAGAAACCUUGCUUCAUGUGUUGUGUAAUGUGUUUGAGAGGGUCAUCCUUCCUACUUAUGGUAUCAGGCAUGUCCAAUUCCUCCUACUAUACACAAUAUCAAUAAGCCAGCAAUGUGCAGAUAGAAUAUUCAACAACCUCUGGACGAUAGCGGCUGGGCUCCACGGCUUGGGCCCCGGAGCCCUAACUACACGAAAAACAGCAGCAAGUCACUUAGCAGGGCUUCUAGCUAGAUGCGUGAGGGUUCCGAACACGAGGUUAAUACACCACUUGAAGACCAUGGCGGAUUGGUGCCAUGGAUAUAUAACUGCGACUCAAGAGACUUCGGUGAACGAUAAUACGAAGAUUCAUGGUGCGUUUCACGCUAUAUGCCAUGCUAUUUUCUAUCUCGUGGCGUUCAAGAAUCAUCACCUGUUUAUGACUAAAGAAAGCUACAACUUUGUAGAGUCCCUCAACCUACCACGCCUCGUGACCUGUCCGUUAAACCCACUCCGCACAUGUCCCCCACAAGUGACCAGAGCAUUCACGUCAGUCACCAGGUCCCACCAGGUUGUCUACUGCCAGGCGAUAAUUGAGAAGAACACAAGAUACUCCCUGCAUAGUGCUGUGGUGUUUGACGAAUGGUUCCCGUAUGACCCUUAUACAUUGCCUGUAUCUGGUAAAACAAUAUGGCCGCUCUGCAUAGAAUAUAAAGACUUGAAAGAUGGUGACGACGAAAACCAGUAUACAAGUUUAAAGAGGAAAUUGGAAGCUGAAGACGACGAUUAUUUAAUACCAAGCCCUUCGCAAAGAUUAGCAAGUUCGCUAUCUAACUGUAUAUCGCCCGGUUUUAAAACCAGUGAAUCUAUUUUAAUGUAAUUUAUUGUGUUAUGGAGCUGCGUGUUUACUUUAUGAGAAAUUAUUAUUGUUAUUGAAAAUUAGUGUCUUUGUUUUAAUUUGACUUUAUGAAGCAGGGUCGUAUUUAUUUAUAAAACAGUAAAUAUUAAUUUCUUGAAUGAAAUUAUUAUAACAAUUAAAUAAUACCAGCGUAAAAAGUACAUGCAGCUCUUAAGUCGUUAAAAAGUCUGAUAAAUAAAAAUUUUGGUUGUUAAGAAUAAAAUUGUAAAUAUUUAAUCUUUAUUCUUAAUAAUUAACUUUUCAAUUUUAUAUGAAUAACAGUAUAUUAAAUUAAUACUGAAUAUGUGUUUAUAUGAGAAGAUAUUUAUAACCUUUAACUUUAUGUUAUAUGCCUAAAUGCUUUUUAUCCUAUCCUAUAAUAUUGGUACAAAUCACUAUUUUCCAGUGCUUUUUAUUACCAGUAAAUUAAUAUUGUUUCAGUUAAUUGAAAAAUAUGUAGAGGAAUAAAACUACAUAAUUAUUAA